GCGCUCGAGCCUGCGCGCCAGUUGCCUCUCCGCUGCAUUGGAAGCGGUUGCUGUUUUUCGCGCUCCCGGCUCGGACUGAAGGAAGGAGGGAGCCAUGCCGCCUCCGGGCCAAGUCCGGCUCCCGGAUUGGGACGCGCUGAAGCUCCGCGUGCGCUCCAUGGUCACUUCCCACCGGGUUAUGAUCUUCAGCAAGACCUACUGCCCUUUCUGCCGGAAGGUGAAAGAUCUAUUUCAUUCUAUGUCGGUAGAAUAUAGUGCUCUAGAACUUGAUAAGACGGAUGAAGGACCCAGCAUCCAAGAAGUAUUACUAGAAUUAACAGGCCAAAGGACUGUUCCCAAUGUGUUUGUAAAUGGAACACAUGUGGGUGGAUGUGACCAGACUUUUCAGGCUUACCAGAGUGGCUUACUGCAGAGCCUUUUAGGGGAUGGAAAGGGUGAAGAGCUGGAAAGCUUUGACUAUGACCUGAUUAUUAUUGGUGGAGGUUCUGGUGGACUCGCAUGUUCCAAGGAAGCUGCAACUUUAGGAAAGAAAGUCAUGGUACUAGACUAUGUUGUACCAACACCAAUUGGUACUACAUGGGGACUUGGUGGCACCUGUGUAAAUGUUGGCUGCAUUCCUAAAAAGCUGAUGCAUCAGGCAGCCCUUUUAGGUCAAGCCUUGCAAGAUUCAAGGAAGUUUGGCUGGGAAUAUGAUGAGCAAGUUAAACACAACUGGGAGACCAUGGUUGAAGCGAUUCAGAAUUAUAUAGGAUCCUUGAACUGGGGUUAUCGGGUGGCCUUGCGCGAGAAGACUGUAACAUACCUCAACGCUUAUGGGGAGUUUGUUGGGCCACACAAAAUCAAGGCAACCAAUAGGAAAGGACAAGAAACUUUCUACACAGCUCAGACAUAUGUUAUUGCUACGGGAGAAAGACCUCGAUAUUUAGGUAUUCCAGGAGACAAAGAAUACUGUAUUACAAGUGAUGACCUCUUUUCCCUGCCCUAUUGUCCUGGGAAGACACUGAUUGUGGGGGCUUCUUAUGUAGCUCUGGAGUGUGCAGGAUUCCUUGCUGGCCUUGGUUUAGAUGUCACUGUUAUGGUUCGCUCCAUCCUUCUUCGUGGCUUUGAUCAAGAAAUGGCAGAGAGGGCAGGGGCUUACAUGGAGACUCACGGUGUAAAAUUCAUCAGGAAGUUCGUUCCUAUUGAGGUCAUAAAGUUGGAAGACGGCAUGCCUGGAAGACUCAAAGUGGUUGCGCAGUCCACAAUUGGGCCAGACAUGAUCGAAGGAGAAUACAAUACUGUUUUGAUAGCUGUGGGUCGUGAUGCUUGCACCAGGAAUAUUGGCCUGGACAAAAUUGGUGUGAAUAUUAAUCCAAAGAAUGGAAAAAUACCUGUAAGUGAUGAGGAGCAAACCAAUGUGCCUUACGUCUAUGCUGUUGGAGAUGUUUUGGAAGGAAAACUUGAACUUACACCAGUUGCCAUACAGGCAGGCAAACUUUUGGCCCGCAGACUUUUUGGAGGAAGCUCCAUAAAGUGUGACUACAUCAAUGUGCCAACUACAGUGUUCACACCCCUGGAAUAUGGAUGCUGUGGUUUACCAGAGGAACGGGCUAUUGAACAACUUGGGCAAGAAAACGUAGAGGUAUAUCACAAUCUAUUUUGGCCGCUUGAAUGGACAAUACCUAACAGAGACAACAAUACCUGCUAUGGAAAAGUUAUCUGCAAUAAGCUUGACAAUAACCGUGUAAUAGGACUUCAUGUUCUUGGACCUAAUGCUGGGGAGAUUACCCAAGGUUUUGGUGCAGCGAUGAAAUGUGGCAUCACCAAGGCGAUACUUGAUGAAACAAUCGGCAUACAUCCAACAUGUGCAGAGGUGUUCACUACGAUGGAUAUUACAAGAGCCUCAGGGAAAGAUAUUGCUCAAAGUGGCUGCUGAGGUUAAACCCUGCUGUUUUAAUUGUUUCCUUUUGCUCCACUUACCUAUAUUGAGAGUUUUAAGAUGCACACAAACACAUGUGGGUGAAGAAAUAUCAGACAGCAGUAGAGUGCAUUUCUGAAACUUGUCUUAAAGGUAGUGGGUGUCUACAGGAAGCAAUUUAAAACAGCAGGGUUAACUUUCAUCUUGACUUUCUUAGAAGGGCACAUAAGUGUAUUUUUGAAGUUUUGGCUCUGAACCCCAAUUGGAGGCGAGUCAUGACGGAUGACUUCUAUGUAAAGUUGGGAAAACCAAUUCGUCCAAGUCAAACAAGUAGAUUCCUCUCGAGGAACCUCUUCAGUUGCACAAGUGAAGUUUAAUAUUCUUUGUUUUAGUGCUUUUGUAUGAAUGUAUCAGGAACAGCUGAAGGCUUAGUUGGUAACUUUUGCUAGCAGCUCCUCUCAACUACCGUCAAUCAACAGUAUGUUUUAUCUGUUGUUGACAUGAAUGAUGAGGUCUGUUUGCAGUGUUUAUAAAUAUCUCUCUUUAAAUUGGCAUAAAUUUGAAAAUAAGCAAACAAAGUUUAAAGCAUUUUUCUUUAUAUGCCUCAGAGCUCACGUGAUACAUAAUGGGGUAGUUUUGUUUAAUGUGCUAUCUGUUUAGUCGCCAGAAGAAAACUGUCAUCCUGAGACAUUCAAUUACCAAUUUUUACAGAUUUUUGUGGCCUAGAUUAUUUUAGCAGAAAAAGAUGCAAAAUGUCUUUUUUCUUAAGUGAUUGACUAUCAUCUCCAAAUUUCUCUCAAAAUUUUCACAAGUGAAAAAAAUAUCCCAAGUUAAAUUGGAAUAAGUUCACAGUAACUUAAUCUUGUUCCCAUUUAUAUACCAUAACUAAAUUAUUUUCAUCCAUAAAAUCAAAUGCAUUUGGUUUAGAUCACGUGUGCAAGUACUUUGCUUGAUUAUCCACAAGCAUCCAUUCAUUUUGCUUUGUAAAAUUCCUAGUACCAUGAAUCCUUCUGGACAGUCCAUUUACUUUGAAGUAUUUUGGUUGGAUUUAGUUUGUUUUGUCUAAAUAUGUGUUCUGAAAUGCUUUUUCAAAAGCUGUAUCAUAUAAACAGUUUUUUUUAACUAUUUAUGACGCAUCAUGGAAUUUAAAGUUCAAUAAAAGAGUAAUUGUCACAUGA